UGGAAUUUGAUGACUGCAAGGGGAAUAACAAAUUGAACUUCGAAGUUUCUAACCCAGACUUUAAGGUGGAACGCGACGGGUCUUUAGUUGCACUAAAGAAUAUAUCAGAAGCUGGCAGAGCCUUGUUUGUCCACGCGCGGUCUGAGCAUGCUGAGGAUAUGGCAGAAAUUUUGAUUGUUGGAGCAAAUGAAAAACAUGGCGCAUUAAAGGAAAUCUUUAAAAUAGAAGGCAACCUUGGAAUUCCAAGACAAAAAAGGGCUAUUUUGGCAACUCCGAUAUUAAUUCCUGAAAAUCAGAGACCACCGUUCCCUAGAUCUGUUGGCAAGGUCAUCAGCAGUGAAGGGACAGAGGGAGCAAAGUUUCGACUCUCUGGUAAGGGAGUAGAUCAAGACCCAAAAGGAAUUUUUAGAAUCAAUGAAAUCAGUGGGGAUGUCUCCGUGACCCGAAGCCUUGAUAGAGAAGCAAUUGCCAAUUAUGAGCUUGAAGUUGAAGUUACAGAUAUAAGUGGCAAAACCAUUGAUGGUCCAGUCCGCCUAGAUAUUUCUGUUAUUGAUCAAAAUGACAAUAGGCCAAUGUUCAAAGAAGGACCCUAUGUUGGUCAUGUCAUGGAGGGAUCCCCUACAGGAACAACUGUGAUGCGUAUGACAGCAUUUGAUGCCGAUGACUCUAGCACAGACAAUGCUCUUCUGCGUUAUAACAUCCUCAAACAGACACCUACCAAACCAUCUCCAAAUAUGUUCUAUAUCGAUCCAGAAAAGGGAGAUAUUGUUACAGUGGUGUCACCUGUACUGUUGGAUCGUGAAACUAUGGAAACCCCAAAAUAUGAGCUAGUUAUAGAAGCUAAGGAUAUGGGUGGUCUUGAUGUGGGACUAACCGGCACAGCAACUGCCACUAUUCUUAUUGACGACAAAAAUGACCAUCCACCAGAAUUUACCAAGAAGGAGUUUCAAGCCACAGUAAAGGAGGGAGUCACAGGUGUAAUAGUAAACUUAACCGUUGGUGACCGAGAUGACCCAGCAACUGGAGCGUGGAGAGCUGUCUACACCAUUAUUAAUGGAAAUCCAGGGCAGAGUUUUGAAAUCCAUACCAAUCCCCAGACCAAUGAGGGAAUGCUCUCAGUUGUCAAACCUUUAGACUACGAGAUUUCGGCAUUUCACACGCUGCUGAUCAAAGUAGAAAAUGAAGACCCUCUGAUUCCAGACAUAGCCUAUGGCCCCAGUUCCACGGCAACAGUUCAGAUUACUGUUGAGGAUGUGAAUGAAGGCCCAGUUUUCCACCCAAACCCAAUGACAGUGACAAAACAAGAAAACAUCCCUAUUGGCAGUGUCGUGUUAACGGUAAAUGCCACUGAUCCAGAUACUUUGCAGCAUCAGACUAUCAGGUAUUCGGUUUACAAGGAUCCAGCAGACUGGCUAGAAAUUAACCCAACCAAUGGUACCAUCAGCACCACUGCUAUCCUGGAUCGGGAAUCUCCUCACGUUCAGAAUAACAUAUACACUGCUCUCUUUCUGGCAAUAGACAGUGGUAACCCUCCCGCUACAGGUACAGGAACUUUACACAUCACCUUGGAGGAUGUCAAUGACAAUGUCCCAUCCCUUUAUCCAACACUGGCAAAAGUUUGUGACGAUGCAAAAGAUCUCAAGGUAGUGGUACUAGGGGCAUCGGACAAAGACCUUCAUCCCAACACAGAUCCAUUCAAAUUUGAACUGAGUAAGCAAUCCGGCCCAGAAAAAUUGUGGAGAGUUGCCAAGCUUAACAAUACUCAUGCCCAGGUCAUCCUGCUUCAAAACCUGAAAAAGGCCAAUUACAACAUCCCAAUCUCAGUGACAGAUUCUGGAAAACCACCUCUGACUAACAACACAGAACUGAAAUUACAAGUGUGUUCCUGCAAGAAAUCCAAAAUGGACUGCAGCGCAACUGAUGCCCUUCAUAUCAGCAUGACCCUUACUCUUCUUUCACUCUUCAGUUUGUUUUGUCUGUAAGAACUCCUGACAUUUGAAGCUGUCCUACCGAGUUGCCAUGGCAACGAGAAAAAAGAAAACGUCAGAUCUGAAGAUUGCAGUUUACAGUUACUGUUCUUCACUACUAGGCCUCAGUUGCUCCAGAUUCAGUUUAAUUUGCAACCUCACCUAAUCUGUCCGACUAUACAUUGGUGUUUGACAGCCUCUACCCUAACUUUCAUUUAUUAAUGGAUUCCUCUUGCAAGACGCAAGGUUUAUGCGAAUUUUCUCUGAAUGUUAAAAGACCAUGACAUCUAAACUGGACCUUGGGGGAGCAGAAAA